AUGAAAGAGUACAACUAUAAAAGGAGUCUGAACCCCAGUAUCACAGGAAGUUGUCGAGUCAGGACUGAAGAUGUCGAAGCAAUUGGUGAUUGCCUUGUUAUAUAUUACAACUUAGAAACGACGAACUUAGAAAUAGAUUCUUAUGAUAUAAUUCAAAUUGCUAUCAAAACUGGAGAAGCACAAUUUUCUGUAUAUGUUACACCGACUCAAAAUGUCGACACAGAAGCAUCACCAGCAAUAAAAUUAAGUAACAGAGGACCAAAACUUUAUUAUGAUGGCGUUGAAGUGGACACGAUUUCGUUACCUAAAGCACUUUCUGGCUUACGCUGCCAUGGACUUAAGCCUCAACUGUAUCCAAAUGUGACUGAGUUAGAAAUUAAUGAAGGAGAACCCCUAAACAUUACGUGCACAAGCAAUAGCUAUGUUAAUUUUUAUUUCCCUACCAGUGACAAAAGGGGAAGGACCACCUCUAAGCCUCUUAUAACACCAGAAGUCAGGAGUACCCACAAGAUAUUCAUAAGAUUAUCCACCGUUUUUGGAGAUACUGGCUGGUACGGAUGUGCUGAUGAAAGCAAACAAAUAACAAGUUUGACGUACAAAAACUACAGCGACCUAAGUAUCAGUUGGUUGUACGUUUAUGUUAAAUCCAAUAGAAGUUCAUUCGUACGUAUAAAUAAGGAUGAUAAAUAUUAUUUACUGGCUUCGGGAUGUUCUCAACACCUUAUCUUACCAUGUCAAACGACAUCCCCUGAAUUUAAAGUGACUCUUCAAAGAAAUGAACAUGUUCUCAGACUGAGUGAAAAGAUCACUUUCGACUCCAAAACUGGUUUUGUCAUUAAAGAACCUAAUUGGGAUACGGAAAGUACUUCUAGAAAAGUUUCAAAUAUCGUUCGAGUAGAAGAAAAAGGAAUUCAUAAAUUAGUCAAUCUCGUAACGUCUGAGCUUAUUAUUGAAAAUGUUGCUCACGAUGAUAAAGGUUACUACACUUGUAAAAUAAGAUCUUCGUUUAAUGAAGAAAAGAGUCUUAAUACUCAUGUUUGCGUGUUUGAUACUAACAAACCAUACAUCAAUCUAACUUCUGACAAUCUUUAUGUAGUCUCAGAGAAUGGUAAAUCAGUGACUUUCUUGGCUCUUGUUGAUGCAUGUCCAAUACCAACUUNUCAGAGGAUGGUAAAUCAGACUCACCCUCAAGGUUAUAUAAUUCGCCCCUACGAUUCGGACGUAAGAAUGUCCGAUUACGGAACGAUGAGCCAAUUGACUCUAUUAAACAUCGAUAAAUAUGCCACGGGAACUUUUACGCUUAGAGCUAAACAUGAUAAAAUAGUAAAGGAGUUGAAAUUUUAUCUUGAAGUUUAUGGUAAGCCAACGGUCAAAUUUGACAAAACUUACCUUCAAUCUUACUACAGUUUUAAUAAAACUGCCAAGUUUGUUUGCCUUGCCAAUCGUUAUCCUAAGUCAAAUAUAUCUUGGAUCGUAACGAAAAUGUCGAUUCACAAUGAACUACAUAACUUACAGGGAAUAGAAACAGAUGGGAAAAAUAGCAACUUCAAACAAAAGUCAACGGUAGAACUGAAACAGCUAGUAACAUCUGGUGUAAUAAAAUGCAAGGCUUGCAAUAGCUAUGGAUGUGCAACUGCGUCAAAGGAAAUUCGUUUAACAGAUGGGGUAGCUAAUGCAUCUUUUGGAAUCAUACAACCAAAUAGAAGUUUUCAGAAAGGUGACAAUAUUUCUUUAACAUGUGCUGCUGUAAUUCAGAAAUUCUCCGAGGUCCUGUGGUAUGACGAUAAUGAACACGUGGUCAUAAGUUCCGAAAGAAUACACGUUAUAUCGAAGGUAACCGAAUUCACUUACCAAGCCAUUCUCACGAUCAAUAACGUGAGUGAAUCAGAUAGAAGGAAGUACUAUUGCAAAGGGACGAUAAGAUACUACGGAUUUGUUGGUUAUCCUUCGCCCAAAAUACUUACAGAAUCAUUCUUCCUUAACAUCAAUAAUCCACCUUCUUUCAUACUUGUAAAUUUGAACGCAACAGAGAGAACAGUGAUGGCAAGGGAUUUUGAGAAUCCCCUGACUUUAUUAUGCCAUGUUGAAGGGAUUCCCACCCCUAAUAUUACGUGGUUGAAAAACAAUGUACCUCUGAAGAGUUCAUCACAGUAUACUUUCGAAGACAGCAAUCAAAAAUUAAUUAUAAGAUAUUUUUUUGAAAAAGAUGCUGGUAAUUAUUCAUGCCAUGCUAAGAACGAUUACGGAACAGUGGAACAAUCACAAAUUAUUACUGUGAAAGUAGUGUGGUUCAUCGCAAUCCUUACUUUUCUAUCAAUUUACUUCUACUUACAAGUACAGCAUGGAAAGUUUAGAGAAAAACUCUUAUUAGAAUCUAGUCUUACCCAGUUUACGGAAGGGAAACUUGAUUUAAUGAAUCCAGAACUUACAGUAGAUGAGCAGGCAGAACUCCUUCCGUACGAUAUAAGGUGGGAGUUCCCCAGAGAAAAAAUAAAAUUAGAUAAAAAAUUAGGAAGUGGAGCUUUUGGAGUCGUGUAUAAGGCCGUAGCUUACGAAAUGUUUGGUAAAAACUCUAAGACAACUGUAGUUGUAAAAACAGUUCGCAAAAAUGCAGAUCCAAUGUAUAUUACUGCAUUGGCGAAGGAACUUAAAAUUAUGAUUUAUUUGGGACAACACUUGAAUAUUGCAAGUCUUUUGGGAGCUUGUACAAAAAAUAUAGCCAAACGUGAACUUUUAGUGAUUGUUGAGCUUUGCAAAUUUGGAAAUCUGCAAAAUUAUCUCUUAUAUCAUCGACAAACUUUUAUUAAUCAAAUUAAAUCAGAUAAAGGUGAAAUCGGCCCUUGUAUUAGAAAAACAUCAAAUAGUUUAAUUGUUUUGGCCAAUAGGACAAAAUACAAGAUAUUAAAUGAUUUCAGUGUGGUUUUAAGCGGCAGUAAUUCAAGCAAUGAGACCAGCAUUUACUGCUCAGAAGAUGAGACAUUUGUUGGCCCAAUGGAAUUUAGUGAAGAUUUUGACGACGAUGAUUCCCAGCCAGGUUGGCGUUCUAAUUACAAAGGGGAUUACGCGAAUGAAGAUGUUGCGUUUCUCUGCACUGAGGAUCUUUUUUUAUGGGCUUUUCAAGUAGCAAAUGGUAUGGAGUAUCUUUCCCAAAGAAAGGUGUUACAUUGUGACUUAGCCGCGAGAAAUAUAUUAUUGGCAGAAAAUAACAUAAUUAAGAUAUGCGAUUUUGGUCUGGCAAAGACAUUGUACAAAGACGAAAACUAUAAGAAGCAAUGCGUUGGCAAGUUGCCUGUAAAGUGGAUGGCCAUUGAGUCCAUUAGGGAUGGAGUCUUUUCAACGAUGUCAGAUGUGUGGUCAUUUGGUGUAGUUCUAUGGGAACUUUUCACCCUUGGAGAAAUACCUUACGCAGGUGUAGGGUUCGAAGUAAUGUAUCAGAAAUUAGUCAGGGGAUACAGAAUGGCUCAGCCUACUUAUGCCACGGAUGAAAUUUACAAUAUUAUGCUCGAUUGCUGGGAGGAAGAGCCAACAUCGAGACCGUCUUUUACAAUGCUGGUUGAAAGUAUCAAAAAUCUUUUACAAGAUGAAAUCAAAAUAGGUUUUCUUAAACUCUAUCAUACGUAUGAAAAUUGGAAUAGAGAACGACAGCUAGAAAAAAAAGAAGAAAAUCAAACUUGA